AGGGGUGGGGCCAGCCAACAAAACUGGGCAUCUACUUCGGUUGCUUCGUGUUUGAACCCUGUAGCUGCUGGUGAUUUUGCUCAUUCCUGGACCCCCUGGAGGUCGCAAGUUCUAGAAGACGACUUUCCUGUAGAUCUUCUGUGGUACCAACUGAGGCAAUCCUACCCCUCACGUUUGCAAAAGACCGGGUCGGCUCUGCUGAGCUCCGCCACGUUUUCCCAGUGACCCUGCGUGUGCGUACGUGCGUACGUUCCGACCAAUCGGUGCACACAUCGGCGUCUUGUUCACCGUAGGGGCGGGGCGGCCUGCUACACAUGCGCACGGUCGGGCAGGCCUUCUUCCUUCUCGCCGAACGCCGCCAACAUGGUGUUCAGGCGCUUCGUGGAGGUUGGCCGAGUGGCCUACGUCUCCUUUGGACCUCAUGCCGGCAAGCUGGUCGCAAUUGUAGAUGUUAUUGAUCAGAACAGGGCUUUAGUGGAUGGACCUUGCACUCAAGUAAGGAGACAGGCUAUGCCUUUCAAAUGCAUGCAGCUCACCGACUUCAUCCUCAAGUUCCCACACAGUGCUCGCCAGAAGUAUGUCCGAAAAGCCUGGGAGAAGGCAGAUAUUAAUGCAAAGUGGGCAGCCACAAGGUGGGCCAAGAAGAUUGAAGCCAGAGAAAAGAAAGCCAAGAUGACAGAUUUUGAUCGUUAUAAAGUCAUGAAGGCAAGGAAAAUGAGGAACCGACUAAUCAAGCUUGAAGUUAAGAAACUUCAAAAGGCAGCUCUCCUGAAAGCUUCUCCCAAGAAAGCACUUGCUAAGGGGGCAGCUGCAGCAGCUGCUGCCGCUGCUGCCAAGGUUCCAGUAAAAAAGAUCACCACUGCAGGCAAGAAGGCUCCAGCCCAGAAGGCUCCUGCCCAGAAAGCUGCAGGCCAGAAGGCUGCACCUCCUCCAAAAGCUCAGAAGGUUCAGAAACCUCCAGCCCAGAAAGCACCUGCUCCAAAAGCAUCUGGCAAGAAAGCAUGAGAGCAUAAGAGGCUAUUAUAAACGUAAUAAAAGUUUUUUUGACAUGCUGGCAAAUCUA